ACACUUAUACUAUUCGCUAACUGUAUUAUUCUAGUAUGGACACUAACGUAAUAGUAAUUGUGUUAUAGUGGUUAGAAUUUUAAAAUAUCUAUUUUUGCAUCAUUGUAUUCUGUUGUCACGUGGUAUCCUGGUGUGCCGGAGAUCCUGAAUUUCAAAAUCAGCAGGGUCAAACCAAAUACUUCAAAAUUGAUAUUUGUUCAUUCUCCGAUAAGUAAGAGGAAUUAAUGUAUAAGGGCUAAGACUGGAGGACUCGGAGUAUGAAUAACGUGUCCAGGACCAAUACAAUGUUAGUAAAAGCAGCAAUUAGUGUAUUAAUUGUUUCCAUUUUUGUCGUAGUAGUAAAUUCAUUGUGUAGUCACCCUUGUUCUCGAGUCAACAGAGGCACUUUUGUGGAUGCAACAAACACAUACACAUUUUCAUGUUACAAUACAUCAAUUUUAUCUGUAAAUAAUGGAGAAGAAUUAAGAGAAUGUUACGCAAGACUUGGAGCCUUUCUUGUUGUUAGGAAUGGCAAUAGAUACAGAUGCGUUAAACACACCCUCUAUGAUCGUACUGCCAGAAUAGUAUUUGUUUAUGUUACACCUUAUAGAACAUUUAAUACAGAACCAUCAAUUUGUGAUGUGUGUUCAGGAACAUUUACAAUAGCACUAUUUGUCGCUCAAGGAGAAAAUUAUCAGAAGGCGCAAAAACGUAAGCAAAAUUAG